AAGGUAAAAUUUUAACCGUAAAUGCUGCUCAUGGCGGAAGAACGCACGACGCAAGAGCUUGGAGGGCAUCUCACGUAUCCAAUCAUCUGGAAGAGAUGUAUGCUACAGAGCGAAAAGAUGCCUGGCUUUUAGGAGAUAGUGCAUAUCCUCUACUACCAUAUCUGAUGACACCUAAGCUACAUGAACCAGAGGGAGCGCCGUCUGCAAGGUACACUCAACAUCAUAUCCGGGCUCGAUGCUCUGUUGAGCGAUGCAUAGGUGUUCUGAAGGGGAGAUGGCGAUGUCUCAGGAAAGAACGAGCUUUGCAUUAUGCACCAGAAGUUGCAGCUCGAAUAGUUAAUGCUGCAUGUGUUCUACAUAACAUCGCUGUCCAAUGGAGGCUUCCUGAACCAGAACUAUAUUACGAUGAAAUAGACCUGGAACUUCCAGUAAGAAAUGAAGAAGGAAACAUGGAAAAUGGAAAUGAAGUUCGCGAGCGGAUUAUUCAUAUGUAUUUUGAGAAUGUAAGACCGGUGUGAUUUUAAGAUAUUAUUUACUUUGAUAUAAGUUAUUAGUUAAUAAUUGUAUACUAUAAUAAUUUUGUAUGAA